AGUUUUAGGGCUGGAAUGGGUUUUAAGGAAUAUAACCAAAUCUAAAAUGGUUUAAAAAUAACCUUUUCUGGCAUUAGUCCUUAAAUAUGUUCGAACUCACCUGGAAGGAACAUCUAUGAGCAUGGUAAACCCCUGCAAUUACACUAAAUCCACCAGUGAUCCUAAAAAUAGGCACUAGGACCCUGGAGCUGAUGAUGACGGUGAGAGUAAGGGUUGGCAGAAACAGAUGAAUGAGCCAAACACAAGACAAAUGAGAAAAUGGGACUACAUGAGAGAGAGGGAGAAAGAAGGUCUGAUAAAAGAGAGAAUGCUGAAGAGAGACACACAGUGACAGGUCAAGAUUGAGCGAAAGAUAUCAAGAGGAGUGGACAAACUAAAGGGGGAGGAGGAGUCUGGUCUGGGAAGAAGCUAAAAGGAGUGCAGUGAGAGAAGUUGCCUUCAAAACAGUGAGACCCACUGAAACUGAAGGUGAGACACAGGGGUGUGGAUAAGGAAUAAACUACGGCCUGGCAAGAACUCAACUGCCAAAAUGAAUUAUCAUCACUGAAGGAAUUACAGAAAACAUAAACAGAGCGAACUGUGCGAAGGCACCGGGGGGAUCAGAAAACAAUUCAAUGUAACAAGGUGAGAUACCACCCACAGAGAGAGAUUGUGUAUACCACACACAGGGUUUAUCACAGCCAAACGCAUAACGACUGACAAUAAAUAAACAUAUUAAAAACCACACACAGAGUAUUUAUGGAAUACACACCUUUACACAUUGUGUGACUGCAACACAUCAGGCUAGACAUCCACAACUCAAGCUUAGAGAGUUUAGACUAUAGUCAGGAAGCAUUAAGAGGAUUGGAUGUCACAAAAGCUGACUGAACGGCAAGGCCUUGCGGACAACCCUCACAUGACGGAUGUGAACUGAUUUAAACCAAAUACGGAUUCUCUUUCCCCCUUCCAAAAAAACUAAAACCUUGGAUAUCACUGAGGAAAAUUUUCAAACUAUAGACUCAUCAUCUUCAAGUCAGAAGCCUAGGAAGUAUUGUCAGCAGGUCUGCCUAAAUUCCUCACCUGUACUUCUGACCUCCACCCUUGGAUCUUCUUCAUCCUGUAAACCCAGAGGACGUCCGGUCACAUUUUUCUAGUGGGAUGGAAGCUGUGCAUUGAGCUACCGAGCAGGGGUCAAGUGCGUUGGACAUUCAGAUACUGACACUGCAGCAUGAAGCUCAGACAUGGGGCAAAAGGGGCACUUAUGGCCUUGCUGCUGAGUUUACUGAUGACUACCUGCACCACACAGGACAGCGAUGAGAAUCUGGAGCUGCCGGAGGAGAAUAAUACAGUCAGUACAGAGAGCCCUGAGACUGUUUCCUCUGAUGAAACCUACGGGACCCCUUACAGGACUUGGUUAGCCUUUAGGGACAACUCCAACAAGGGUGGAAAUAAGAAACCAAGAGUAAAUAGAAGACCCUCCAAGCAUGGCCUACCGGGUCCACCAGGCCCUCCGGGCCCCCAGGGGCCUCCAGGUCCUCCUGGCCCCCUUCUGCCUCAUCAUGCAGAACUGAUACAGGACUUCCAGGUCAGAUUGAAAGAGAUGGUAGGAACUCAUUGUCUGCUAUGUGAUCAACCACCUCGUGUGGCCACGGCCUUCCGUUGCCGACUGCAGCACAACCUGAUCAUACCCCGUCGUAGCCUUCAGGAGCUCCAGCCCUUCAGCACUCCUUCAAACACAGAGCAAUUCCAUCAGAGAGGACAGGCUUUUAACACCAGCAGUGGCCGAUAUACAGCUCCAGUAUCUGGCUUCUACCAACUCACUGCUAGUCUCCUACUGGACUCAAAUGAGUCUCAGAAGAGACCUCAGGCCAGGCAGAGGGACAGCGUCAAAGCCUCCAUAUGCAUAGAGUCUCUUUGCCAGAGUAAUGUGUCUUUGGAGACAGUGACUGGUGUGAGCGCUACAGGAGGACUAUUCAGCAUUCUGCUCACAGGAACGCUUUACCUACAGGCUGGAGAGUACGUGUCUAUUCUCAUCGACAAUGGUACAGGCUCAGCCCUCACAAUUCUCAGAGACAGUUUGUUUUCUGGCAUCCUCAUCGGAGUAUGAAGCGACGCAGACGUAAAUCAGCAACAAACAAAUUCCAGCGUCACUGCGCCCCCCAAAAUACACAUCUUUGUUUAUGUAAAGCAUUCGGGACACAGCAGAAUCAUUGCAGCGGGACGCUUUUAAAGCAUCUGAAAGAGACUCUAAGCCGCUUCAGUAAUUAUCCUUAAUGCUGUUGCUGGGGAAGCAGGAUAGCACUGCUGUUUAUUUCCAAAAUAAUGGCAACAACUAAACGCUGUGCAUAGAGGUGUAUGUAAUUUUUCAUGUGAUAUGUUUAUAUAUUCCAUUCUAGCAGGGUUGAAGUUUAUUUAUUUGCUUUUUGUAAUGAUUGCUGAUAUUUCUCGUACGUUUGUAAUAAAACACUUCUAUAGCUGCUGAAA